AUGACUGUCACCUACACAGCCAGAGUUGCAAACGCCCGUUUCUGUGGCUUCUCCAAGCUGCUUUUGGCCUGGAAAGGCAGCAUCUACAAGGUGUUGUACAAAGAGUUCCUGGCUUUCUUUGCCAUGUACACAGCCAUCAGCAUCACUUACAGAUUUUUCUUGUAUGAUGACCAGAAGAGGUAUUUUGAAAAGCUGGCAAUUUAUUGCAACCACUACGCCAGUCUCAUCCCUAUGUCCUUUGUACUGGGUUUCUAUGUGACCCUGGUAGUGAACCGGUGGUGGAGCCAGUACACCAGCAUCCCGCUCCCUGACAGGCUCAUGUGCGUCCUGUCGGGGGGCCUCCAGGGGAGCGACGAGCGAGGUCGCCUGCUAAGACGAACCAUGAUGCGCUACGCCAGUCUGUCGGCCCUGCUCAUCCUCCGCUCCGUCAGCACGGCUGUAUUCAAACGGUUCCCCACCAUGGACCACGUGGUGGAGGCUGGAUUCAUGUCAAGAGAGGAACGGAAGAAGUUUGAGGGUCUCCACUCUCCUUAUAACAAAUACUGGAUCCCCUGCGUUUGGUUCACCAACCUGGCGGCUGUGGCCCGCUGCGAGGGCAGGAUCAAAGACGAUCACACGCUCAAACUACUGCUGGAGGAACUGAAUGGGUUCAGAGGGAAGUGCAGCAUGCUGUUUCAUUACGACAUGAUCAGUGUUCCCCUAGUCUACACUCAGGUGGUGACUUUGGCAGUUUACAGUUUCUUCCUGGUGUGUCUAAUCGGUCGCCAGUUUCUGGACCCCAGUCAAGGAUAUCCAGGUCACGACCUCGACCUCUACGUUCCCAUCUUCACCCUGCUACAGUUCUUCUUUUACGCUGGGUGGCUCAAGGUUGCAGAGCAGCUGAUCAACCCUUUCGGAGAAGAUGAUGAUGACUUUGAGACCAACUGGCUGAUAGACAGAAAUUUCCAGGUGUCCAUGAUGGCGGUGGACGAGAUGUAUGGAGAUCUGCCUAUGAUGGAGAGAGAUCGCUACUGGAAUGACUCCAACCCCAGACCCCCCUACACCGCCGCCACUCUCUUUGUCCUCCGCAAACCCUCCUUCCAGGGGUCCACUUUUGACAUGGCGAUCCCUAAAGAGGAGAUGCACUUCCAGCCUUUGGAGGACAUUGCUGAGAACCUGGAGGAGUCAGGCAAUCGUCACCCCAACAUGGCCCUCUUCAACCGUCUACUCAAUGCAGCUCCCUCCCCAACUGGCUUCAUGGGAGGGGCUCUUCGGCGUACCUCAGCACAACUUCAGAGGCUACGCCACUCGCCCAGCAUUGACCAGUGCACCAGCGAUGAUGAUGACGAUGAAAGCUGUAAAAUAGGUAAAGGUGGGUCCCUGCCGUCAGGGCUGGGGCAGGAAACUCAGAGUACUGUGUGCAGUUUCAGGGAGGAGAUGAGUGUCAGAACACCCCUGCUGGAGAUUCAGUUUGGGGCGGAGCAGGAGAGGCGCGGGGGGCACCCUGCCGUCAAUGACAGGAAAGAAGUGGAGGGGAAGAGUGAUGAAGAGCUGCAGAUGAGAGAGGAAAGCGGGAAGGCAGAGAGUACAAGGGAGGAGACCUAUUCUGUGUCACUGCUUCCUCCUCCUCCCCAGUCCUCAAGAGAGACUUCCACUCGACCAGUCUCCGCCAUUAGCAUCACCUCCCAUCACCCCUCUGCCUUUCAGUUUCACCCGGCUGUCCACUCCAGUCUGGAGCACUGCAGCUCCCAGCCAGCUAUCAACCAGAACAGAGCUGUGGCAGGCAUUCUCAAACCUCCCUUUGGUAGAAACAAGAUGUCUCUACUCACUGUACCGUCUUACAACGAACCUCAGCGCUUUCGCAGUAUGAGCAUGGGAUCAGAGCUCACUGGGCCUUAG